AUGCUACUAAAUAUAUUAGAAGAAGAGACAUCCCAAUGUACAUUACCAUCAUCAGGUAAACAUAUCUGUUCAUAUAUUCAAAACAAUUGUGAUUACAAUUAUUUUAAAAUUUCCACAUUAUAUUAUUGUAAAUAUCACAAUACAACUACCUUAAUAAUUAUAUCAUUUUUUAUUCUACUAUCUUUAAUACUUAUAUUAAUAUCCCUAAGUAUUCUUGUUUCAAAUUAUUUAUUUAAAAAUUUAAAUUGUUUAACAACUCAACUUAAUUUAAAUAGUCAAAUAUUAUCAUUUAUUCUUAUUCCUUUAACAAAUUCACUUCCUGAUUUAUUAAAUUAUUAUAUUGCUUUAAAAUCAGGAUCUGUUGAUCUUGUUAUUGGUCAAUUAAUGGGAUCUUUAUUAAUAAUGUUUACAAUUAUAAUUGGUUUAAUAUGUAUUUUAACAUCGGGUUAUUUUAUUGAACAUCCUAAAAUUUUAAUGUUGGAUUUAUCAAUAUUAUUAAUUAUAAUGAUUUUAUUUCUGGAAAUAUUAUCUGAUGGUAAAAUAACUCAAAGUGAAUGUUGGUUAAUGAUUGCAAGUUAUUUAAUUUAUAUUUUAUUUUUAAUGUUUUUUGAUAAAGAUAAAUUAAAAGAAUUUGAUGAAGAAGUAUUAAUUGAAUAUAAUGAUCAUCUGCAUUUAUAUGAACAUCCUUAUAAUAUUGAAGAUGCUGUUAGUAUAUUAUCCCAUGAAGAUGUAACUAGUUAUGGAUCAAUUAAAAGUGUUUCAAGAUUAAAUUCCCCAUCUAUCAUUGUUGAUUAUAAUAAUGAUAUUGAUAAUGAUAUUACUGGGAUGUCAUCAAAUUCUUUACAAGUUCCAGGCAAAUCAUUCCAUCAUUCAUUACAUUCUGAUUCAUCAUCAUCGGAUAAAUCACCCUUGUUAGUUUCUCAAAAUGAUCUUGAUAUAACUAUUAAUUCUGACUAUGACGAUGAGGAGGAGGUGGAGGAAUAUCUCGAUAACUCGGAUCUUGAGGAUGAAAUAUUAAUUGUUCCACAACAAAAACAAUCUAUAAUUCAAAAAUUUUUAAAUCUUAUUGAUUUCACAUUUUCAUUAACAAUUCCAUAUCAUAAACAUAUUGAAUCUAAACAUAAACAAUUAAUUAUAAUUUGGUAUAUUUUUGAAACUUUUUUAAUAUUCAAUUAUCAAUUUUUCCAAUUAUCAUUUAUUUAUUCAAUACCAUUAUCAUUAUUGAUUUAUCUGAUAAAUAAAAUUUUCAAAAUUCCAAAUAAUUUAAAAAUAAUUUUGAUUUCAUUUAUUGGAUUAUCUUCAAGUUUAAUUAUAAUUUCAAAUGUUGCUAUAUUAACUCUUUAUUUAUUGAAAAAUUUAGGUUUAAUUUUAAAAAUUUCAGAUUAUUUAUUAGGUUUAUUGGUUUUUUCAUUAAGUAAUUCAUUAAAUGAUACAAUUACAAAUUUAACAAUAUCAACUAAAAUUAAUCCAAUUCUUGGAAUAAAUAGUUGUAUUGGAACCCCAUUAUUAAUUAUAUUAUUAGGAAUUGGAGUAAAUGGUUUAAUAAUGACUUUGAAAACUGGUAAAUCUAUUGAUUUUCAUCUUACUCAAAAUGUAAUUAUAAGUACUGUGGGAUUAUUAACAAGUAUUUUAUUAUUGAUUAUUUAUCUACCUUUAAACAAUUAUAAAAUUGAUAAAAAAAUUGGUGGAAUUUUGGUACUGCUUUAUUUUUUAAUAACAAUAGUUCAAGUCUAUCUAGAAUAA